AUGGGAGAAAACAGUAAAGGAAUAGCUAUUGUCGGUGUAGGAUGUCGCUUCCCUGGUGCAGACAACAUCGAAGAAUUUUGGCGGGUUUUAUCAAAGGGAGAGAAUCACGUCAAUGAAAUACCUCACAAGAGAUGGAAUCUGGAGGCAUAUUAUGAUGAAGACGCAAACGCGCCUGGCAAAAUGUAUGCCAGGAGAGCUGGACUUCUUGAAAAUUUUGAUCAGUUUGACAACAAGUUGUUCGGUAUCAGUGACAAGGAGGCUGAGAGGAUGGACCCACAACAGAAGUUUGUCCUCGAGUGUGUCUUCAUGGCUUUACAAGAUGGCGGAAUUACCAGACAAAAUAUGCAGGGUUCAGACACCGGAGUCUUCAUAGGCGUUAUGAGUGAUGAUUACAGCAAGCUGACUUCCAAAACGGAUUUGAAUCACUACAGUGUAACUGGCGGCUCCACUAGUAUUAUGUCAGCACGUGUUUCGUACAUCUUUGAUCUGCGAGGACCAUGCAUGUCGGUAGAUACAGCCUGUUCAUCAUCUCUCGUAGCAAUCCAUCUUGGUAUUCAGGCAUUAAAAUCAGGAGACUGCAACAUGGCCGUGUGUGGAGGAGUGAACGCCUUGUUGACUCCCUCGAUCUUCAUACAGCUUAGCAGAGCCCGGAUGCUCUCGCGGACUGGACAGUGUCAGGCCUUCUCUGCCAGUGCAGACGGAUACGCAAGAGGAGAGGGAUGUGGAAUUGUCCUACUGAAAAGACUCUCUGACGCCAUUAGGGAUGGUGACAACAUAUGGGCAACAAUUGUCACAGGUACAAACCAAGAUGGCCGAACAGUUUCUCCAAUGACUGCACCUUCUGGCGAACAACAAGAACAGCUUCUAAAAACUGUCUACCAAAAGGCUGGUAUUGAUGCGAGUGACAUAGACUACAUUGAAGCACAUGGAACAGGGACAGUCGCUGGAGAUCCUGUAGAAGUCAAAAGCUUGGGAAAGUUUUUCACGGACCUUCAUAAAAAAGUGCAGAAGAAAAGGUAUAUUGGAUCUGUGAAAACAAACAUCGGCCAUCUUGAAUCUGCUGCUGGUGUUGCUGGUCUUAUUAAAGUGUUGCUCAUGAUGAAGAACAAUAAGAUUGUUAAGUCACUUCUUGCAGACAAACUGCAUCCAGACAUUGACUUCCAAAAACUGAGUUUUGAAAUUCCCACUGAUCUAAAAGAUUGGGACAGACAAAAGAAAAUUGCUUGUGUUAAUUCCUUUGCGUUUGGUGGAACUAAUUGCCAUGCCGUUCUUUCAUCUUUUGAUGACGUAACCAAAAUUACCGAGGAACAUAAUAUGUCAAAAGUUCCUUUGAUGUUUUGCUUUUCAGGACAAGAUCAGAAAGGCCUCACAGAUAGUAUAAUUGAAUUUCUCACCUUUGUUGAAACACAAACUGAAAGAAACCUGCAGGCUAUAUCAUAUUCAUCAUCAGUGAAACGUGAUCAUUUUCAAGUAAGAAAAGCCGUUACUGCAAGUUCUGUGAAAGAACUAGUUGAUAAACUGAAACCUGGUAAUAUGUUAGGAAUAUCCCACAGACGCAAAAGGGUGAUUUUUGUGUUUGGAGGAAUGGGUAUAGCUUGGAUGGGAAUGGGCAAGGAACUUAUAUCUGAAUUCCAUGUGUUCAAAGAAAAGAUCCAAGAGAUUGAUAGUUGUUUAAAGAAAUAUGUCUCUUGGUCACUCUAUGAACGACUUCUAGAUGAUUACAAUGUAGAGGACACGAUGUUUGGCCCAAUCGCCACGUUUGCAUGUCAGGUUGCACUAGCUGCACUCUGGAAACACUUGGGAAUUAAACCGGACUGUGUUCUUGGACAGAGUGUUGGUGAAGUAGCAGCCUCACAUGUUGCUGGGAUUUGGUCAUUGAGUGAAGCACUCAAAAUUAUAUUUCAUCGAACUGACGUGCUAGCAAAUGUUACUGGUGGAAAAAUGCUGCUGGUACGCAAUAGACCAGUAGAAAAACAUGAAAAGAUGUUAACUAAAUAUGAAGGCAGAGCAAACAUUGGAUUGUACUACAGUCCCAAGACAUGUGUUAUUAGUGGAGACACCGAUGCUGUUGAUCAAAUUGAAAAGGAUCUUCUGACUUCUUCAACAGACGAGAAACAUGGAAUUAUUCUUCAAACACUUAAACUGAAGACUGCAUUUCACAGCCACCAUACAAACACCCCAAAACAAGACAUUCAAAGAAAGCUAGCGGGAAUGCAAGGAAACAGUCCAGAUGUAGAAAUUAUCUCAACAGUUAGUGGCGAAAAAGCACAAGAAGAAGAAUUUUCAACACCACACUACUGGGGGAAAAACAUUCGGGAUCCAGUACAAUUUGGCAAAGCUGUUGUGAAUGCUGCUAAGGGAGAUUGUUUUAAUAUAUUUGUUGAAAUUGGACCAAAGCCAGUGUUAGGUUCUGGCAUUAAUGAUUUGUUCACCGAGGAUAAUAUUGCUGCUGUUCCUUCAAUGAAAAGGAAUUCUGAGCUCAGCUGUUUGUUAGAAACCGCAGGCAAAAUAUAUGAACAUGGACUGAAUGUUAUCUGGAAUGCCUUGUAUGCGUCACCACAACAGAAUACAAAAUAUCCCAAGUACAGAUUCUGUACAACUAAACACCUGUACGUAUCUGAGGAUGUUCGACAAGAGCUGAUGGGUAUGCAGCCAAAGACAAAUUUGCACCCUUUUCUGAAGACAGUUGACCACAGUGGUGAACAUAAAAUUAUUUUAUCACCAAAAUCAAUUGCCAGUGUUUAUGAACACAGGUAUUCUGGAAACAUUCUACUUCCUGCUGCACUAUAUGCAGAAGCUGGAUUAGCUAUUGCACGUCUCUACUUCAAAAAAAGUGAACAUCAGAAUUGCAGUAUUUCUAUGAAAUUCAAACGUCCAGUAUUGCUAAUAAGGGGAGAGACUGAACAGCUUGAUAUUGACGUUACUAAAAUGGAUAUACCAGAAUCAUUUACGUUUGUUGUUUAUAAACAGAACCAUGUGUAUGCUGAAGGAAAGGUUGAGAGGGAACAUUCAUCUCACGAAAUCACAGUAGAUAUCGAAAAUGUAAAAAUGAGAUGUAGGCAGACUGUUACAAAACAAGAACUGUACUCGGCUCUUCAAAAUGGUGGGCUUUCUUUUGGAGAUAUGCUUCAACUAGUUGGAAAGUCUUUUAAAAGUGAAACAGAAGUCUUGUCACAUAUGUCCUUGAAUCCAACUAUCAGGGAUGAAAUGAAAGAAACAACAAUUCAUCCAGCAAUUUUAGAUGCCAUGCUACAUACUGCAGGUUGCUUCUACCAACAUGCAGCUGACAGACAGAAGGCACUUCCAAUACAAAUAGAAGGUCUGACGAUACGUAGAUCUGUUGAAAAUAAGAUGCUUGUGCACACAACAAUUCUGAAACGAACAAAUUCCAUGAACAUGUUUCACAUAUCUCUGAUUUCACUAGAUGGAUAUGUUAUAGCUGAGAUUGAGAAAUUUGUCACAAAAAAUCUGAGUUCCCAAAAAGAAGAAAUGAUGUUUCAAACAAAAUGGAAUCCAACUAAAAAACUAAUUAAAAGUAAUAUUCAGAUGGAUCCAUUGGACGAAUGGCUGAUUAUUAAUGACAAAAGACCAAAUGCCAUAAAAAAUAAACACAUACAUUUUGAAUACCUAGCUUCUGACGGUACCAGAAACGACCUGGGUACAACCCUUCAAGCUAAAUAUGUGAAUUUGGAAACAUGGUCAGCAAUAGUGUUUUUGUGCCAGCAGCAAACUGGAGAUCAACCAUCGAGCGAAACAAUCACUGAAGUAAUUACCAGGCAGGCAAUGACUCUGAGAAGUGUUUUGCUGCACCUCCACACGCAUAAUGCAAGUAUUCCAUUGUUCAUUGUAACAGAAAAUGCUGUACACAUCGGAAACAAAGUCUCUUCAGUAGACCUGGUAGGUGGAUCAUGUUGGGGAUUUGUAAGAUCAGUACUAAGAGAACAGGUCUACAGUAUGACAACUAUUGUUGAUAUACAUACAGAUGAGAAUAGCACAUUUGAUACCUUAAUGACUGCCACAGUACAACAACUGCUGUUAGCAGACAACCAAGGACUUAAUGAAUGUGUGGUUGAUGGACAUUUGAUUUGGUGUCAGCAAGUGUUUCCAAAUGACGAAAUGCCACAAUAUCGAAACAAUAAGCUGGAUUCGCUCUGUAAAGCAAAGCUGUUGUCCGGGAAUGAAGGCAUUCUUGGCAAACUACAUCUUACGUAUGGCAGUCAAGAGGCACAAUCUGAUUUGCCACAGCCUGUAGAAAUCAUGACGACAAGGGUUGUUAUGCAUGGCUCAUAUCUGUAUCCACAGUGUGCUCCAGAUUCAAACAUAGUCACUCUUGAAUUGACUGGGACAAUUUCUACGGGAAAUGAUGCUCAGCAAAACGUGGUAGCAUUCUUUCCAUGCAGAGUUAGUACAUCCAUGACAGUUCCAAAACAGUGUGUUAUUGACAUCACCAAAAUGCCAUGUUAUGUACCAGGACUUUUAACAAAACUGUUUUUGUUUUGGCACCAUUGUAUACUAAUUGAUAAACAAAUGGAAACACCAAAUACAAUGGAUAAGUUUCUAUGGUGGAUUCAGAAUAACUGCUAUAAAACAAAAAAUGACAUGGAAAUAUUCAUUAUUUAUUCUAAUGAUACUCGUCUUGUGGCAAAAGCACUUUUGUUGAUGCUUAAAACAGUGAAACGAAAUACUACUAUUAAAAUAGUUGACAUUAACAGUUCAAGUUUGGCACCAAGAUAUUCUGAAGCAGUUAUUCUGUCAACCAUUCUGCUAAAUGAGUACACCAUUAAAAUAGUUUGCAACAUGUGGCCCAUUGCAAAGCGUCUUGUCUGUAUGGAUCAGCUGUUACCAACACAUGCUAACCUACAAUUGUGUCAUCAAAAUCUGAAACUGCAAAUACAACUUGUCAGGACCAGUGACAUUUUCACACCCAGAUCAGCAAUGGACACCAUGCCCAAUCUAAUAACAUGGAUUCUGGGUCACAAGAGUGAAGUCAAAACUAUUGCUGAAACACUCCAACACGUUGCUCCCCAAGAAAAAGAAACAAACGUUACAAAAUUGAUGGAAAACUCAACAAUUCAACUAUGUGGUAAUGCUGAUCACAACAUCCCAAAUGUUCUUGCUUCAGAGGAUGCCUUGCUUCGUCUAGAUGGUGUAUAUAUUGUAGUUGGUGGUCUGACAGGCCUUGGAUGGGAAUGUGUCCAAUUCCUGGCAAAACGAGAAGCUGGUGCAGUUGUCAUACUAAAUCGCCGAAAGACACAAGAGGAUAAAGUACACAAAAUAGGAAAGAUUGAGAAAGAAUAUGGUUGUGAAAUAAAUGUCAUGCAGGUCGAUGUGACUAACAUGGCAGCCCUGAAAAAAGCCUUUAAAACAAUCGAAGACACAUUUCCAAGAAAACAGUUAAAAGGUGUUUAUUUUGGAGCAGGUGUCCUUGAAGACAGAACAUUGGUCAAUAUGUCACAAGAUACAUUUAUGAAGGUUGCAGCACCCAAGAUACAAGGGGCUUGGAACAUACAUGUACUUACAGAAAACAAGCCACUUGAUUUUUUCAUCAUGCAUUCAUCAGUUGCUUCAGUGUUUGGUAAUGGUGGUCAGUCCAAUUAUGGAGCAGCUAAUGCUUUCCAGGAUUCAUUAGCACAAAAACGCAGACUAGCUGGACUUGUGGGGCAGAGUGUUAACUGGGGGCCUCUCAAUCUUGGGAUGCUGCAGGAUAAACCAGAUGUCAUGAAUAUUUUAGAAGAACAAGGAUAUAUACCACUUAGCACAGAGGAAAUCCACCAGUGUCUGUUGUCAGUACUAAUGCUGGACAAGCCUACCAUUAUUGCUGCUAAGUUCAACUUCAUCAAACUGGCCAACAGUGUAACAAAUGAGAAAAACACAUCUUUAGAGUUCAAGUUAAGCUCCAUCGUUGAUGUUCCAACACUGGAUAAUUUACCAAAGGAAACAUUGAGUAGGAAGCAUCAUAUUGAUAUAGAACAAUUAAAAAUCACUGACAUUGGUGUUAGAUUGGAAACAAUUAGAGAAUACAUCACAGAAUUACUCACAGAUGUGCUUGGCCUUAACAAAGUAAUUCUUGAAUUAGACACAGGUGUUGAAAACUUAGGACUGGAUUCCAUGCAAGCAAUGACCAUGAGCAACCAAAUCCAUCAAACCUUUCAAGUGCGGAUUACACCAAAUGGGUUACUCCAGCAAAAUCUUUCAGUUAAUGAAAUUGCAGACCUUAUUAACACAAAAUUCACAACAUCUACUGACAAUUUGAGAAUUCAGGAUGUGUCUUCUCUAGCCACUGAACAGACACUUACUUACAUGGAAUACACUUUCUAUAAGAUUUACUGCAAUAAUCCUGCUGAUCCUAGUUUGUAUUAUAUCAACGAGAUCUCAAUACCAGAAUCAGUAGCUGAACCAGAACUAUGGAAGAAAAUAGCUGAACAACUUAUGUCGAGACAUGAAGUUCUGAGGACAAUAUUUGAAAUUGUAUCAGAGAGCGAGAAUAUCAGAUGGAAUGUAAAAAGGAAAAUUAACCCAGUUGAAAUGUCACCUGACUUCAGAAUGGUGGAUGGAGAAGAUAUAGACGAGAUAGAUAAACACACAGCAGAAACCUUUCACUUAGAAACACAAGGCCCACUCCGCUUCAUUUACAUUCGUGGUAAAAUAUGUCAUUUCAGAACAGUAUACAAUAGCAUUGGCUUUGACAUGCAAGGGAUUGGAAUCAUUUUCAAAGACAUGGUGGAUAUCUUUCUUUCAAUUCAACAUAACGUACAUCUCCAAGAGCUACAGACGGUAGGAGGAAGUCUGAUAGUAGUGGAAAUGGAGAAGGUCCUGCAGGAGACAGGUCAGGCACUGAAGAACUUUUGGAAAAAUUGGCUUCAAGUAGAGAUUCCCGUGAUUACCUUGGGUACACCAGAACAACCACAAAGACUGAAAUCGCGAAAAUAUCUACAGGAGAAAAUAACACUAGAACCUGCUAUUUAUGAUGCACUGCUAGACUUAUCAAAGUCCAAAGGCUUAAGCAUCUAUAAAUUAAUUACAAGUUUCUACCAACUACUUCUUCAUCUCAUGACCAAUGAAAGAAAUGUGGCAAUUUCAACAACAGUCGAUGUUAAGCAGUACAUUCCAAAUGUUGGUAAUGCUGUUGGACUUGGAACAAACUACAUUCCUUUGCUAGCCAAAUUCACUUCAGAUAAUAUUAGUGUCGAGGAAUUUCUCGAAAAUAAUAAAGCUGCACUUCAAAUGGCAAUAGACCACUGCGUAUGCCCACUGGACAUCAUUAGUGAACUGGUUAGCUCUCAAAAGAUCACAAACAUAAUCAGAAACAAAGUUGUGAUUGUCGAAGAUGAAUUUGUGACACCUUUGUUAAGUCUUGCAAAGAACGCAGGCUACACAUUCAACGUGACAAAGUCAGAAGACCUGGGAACUCACACAGAGACACAGUUUAGCAUGUGGAGCCGAACAAAAGAAAAACAAUUGACUGUUGACUUGACAUACAAUUCUAAUAGUUUAUCCAGCCGUCGUGCUAAAGAUAUAAUGAAGGCCUUUCAGGAUGUUGUUACUGAAGUCAUCAAUGACAUUUCAGUAACUACUGCUUGUCUACGGAAUAUGGCAAGUAUAAUAAAACUGAGAACAAACCAUAAUCAGAACUGCACAGAAAACCCAAGUAUGUGA